UAAAACUUCAAAACAAACAAUCAAUCAAUCUGUUGAAGAGAGAGAGAGCAAAAGAAAGAAAGAAAGUGAGAGAGAAAAUGGGUGCUCAAAAAACCACCCCACAACCCUCUCCAAAGAAAAGGUCCACCUCUAUCACCCUCCAACACCUCUUCGAUCUCGAUUCGAAAAGCAACCUUUCCGGCAACAAUGUUACCGGAAAGAGGACGUCUUUCGAGUUAGAGAACGAAGAGGUUCUAGCUCUCAUCUCUUACACUACCUUCACUUAUACGUUUACGGAUCCCUUGGAAUCUCCAUCGCAGCAAGAUCUCAAGCGCCUCAAGCUCAUCCAACUCCUCUCCAUCGUCAAAACCUCGAAAACCCCGCUUCACUCUCAAAUUCUCCCACCUCUCUUCUCCAUGCUAUCGGCCAACCUCUUCCGACCCCUCCCUCCGCCCUGCACCGCCUCUGUCGUCUGUGUUCUCCCUGAUGAUGAGGAUCUUGCCGCCACCCUUACUGCCGCCUGGCCUCACUUGCAAAUCGUAUAUGAUAUCCUCCUCCGUGUCAUAAUGAACACAGACGCCAAGGCGCUCAAAGACUCCGUUGACCGUUGUUUCAUUAUGAAUCUUCUUAAUCUUUUCCAAACCGAAGAUCCUAGAGAACGGGAGAGCUUGAAGAACGUGUUCCACCGGAUAUAUCUAAAGUUCACUUUCUACCGAUCCUUCAUGAGGAAAGCGAUGAACGAUGUGUUCUUGGACUAUAUAUUCGAGACAGAUCGGCACAGUGGGAUUGGAGAGCUGCUUGAGAUAUGGGGGAGCAUUAUUAAUGGAUUUACUGUUCCAUUGAAAGAGGAACACAAGUUGUUUUUAAUGCGAGUGUUGAUUCCUCUGCAUAAGCCCAAGGGAGUGCAGGUGUACCAUAGGCAGUUGGCUUACUGUGUGUCUCAGUUUGUGCAGAAGGAGCCUGGGUUAGGUGGGGUUGUUGUGAGAGGGAUUUUGAGGUAUUGGCCAGUCACUAACUGUCAGAAGGAGGUUCUGCUGAUUGGGGAAUUGGAGGAACUGGUUGAGAAUAUGGAGCCUGAGCAGUACAGAAUGUUGGCUCUGCCUUUGUGCACACAAAUUACCAAGUGCUUCAAUAGUUGGAACUCACAGGUAGCAGAGCGUGCUCUCUAUGUAUGGAACAAUGAACAGUUUGUGAAGAUGGCAUCACAGGUGACAGAAGAAGUGUUUCCAGUGAUAGUUGAAGGCAUGGAGAGGAACCUAAAAUGGCACUGGAGCAAGAGUGUCAAACAAUUGACAGAAAACGUGAAGGUGAUGCUGGAAGAAAUGGAACCGAGUUUUUACAACCAGUGCCUCCUCAGACUUCAAUCAAGAGAAUCCGUGGCACGCCAGGAGGAGAAGAAGAGAGAAGAGAAGUGGGGGAAAAUAGAAAUGGCAGCUGCCGGAAAACAGUUCCUCCAACCACCACAUUAUGUUUGUGUUUCCAAUUAAAAAAAACAAACGAAGUUACAAGAAUUAUUAGUUUGCAGCUGGUAUUGAGAUAUGCUAUUUUAAUGCCAUUGUACAAGGCAGGAGGAGAAAUGCUAUGUAAUCAGAAAAUAUCGCAACUAAAUUUAAUCUAUACAUUUUAAAUUUUGAGUA